AACCCAACUACUUCUCAAAGCCCACAGCCCAAAACAAACAAUAAUCCGACAUCUUGCGUUGCGUCGUGUUGGAAUCGAAACUUGAGAGAAGAAUGAAGUUCACAGACUCGCCGGUGAUCGAGCUUCCGGUGAAUGGCGCCGUUCUGUCGCUGCAGCAAGACAACGGUUCCAUGCACGUGGGAACCUCCGUGUGGCCCUGCUCCCUCGUCCUCGUAAAAUUCAUGGAGCGCUGGGCCUCACCCUCCGACAACAACCCGUACGCCCGUGUGCUGGACUUCGGAGGCAAACGGGCUGUGGAGCUGGGCACGGGCUGCGGCGUGGCGGGGAUGGGCCUGUUCUUAUUGGGCCUGACGGACCUGGUCCUCACGGAUAUCGCGCCCGUGAUGCCGGCCCUGAAGCGCAACCUGAAGGUGAACAAGCCCAUCCUCCGCAAGAACCUGAAACACUCCGUUCUUUACUGGAACAACGCGCAGCAGAUCGCUGCCCUCAACCCUCCCUUCGACUUCGUCGUCGCAACCGACGUCGUUUACAUUCGCGAGUCCGUCCCGUCUUUGGUUUCCGCCAUGGAAGCCCUAGUCUCCGACGACGGCGUCGUUUUGCUCGGCUACCAGCUUAGGGCACCCGAAGCACACGAGCUUUUCUGGGAACUGUGCGACAAAGCCUUCCACAUCGAGAAAGUCCCACACGAGCAUUUGCAUCCAGAUUAUGCUUACGAGGAGGCCGAUGUUUUUCUGUUGAGGAAGAAAAGGAGAAGCUGUGAGCGAGUGAGUGAGAGUGAUGGGUAAUUGGUGUGAUGGAAUGUGGUUCGCCCUGGUGUUUAUGCCAAUCCUCAAAAUGAUUGUCAACAAGAGAUCUUGAAUACUUGUGAGGCGUGCUUGCUGCUGUAAACGUCUUUGUUUUUCUUAGAUAUAGGCUCCCUUGUGAUACUGAAAAGAAAGUAGUGAAUGGGGGCGAUUAAAUGAUAGUAAAGCCAGUUGCAUAAUUUUAGUUCUCUUAUCAUAUUUAACCUUCUUUUUACACAUUAGUGUUUGUAUUAUGGUAUAUGUUUCAUGUGUGAGAAGGAGUGUGCAACCUGGUCUGUGAUACACUGUCUUAAAUGAAUGACUUUGCAAAUCGUGAGCAAACACAAAUUUCUUACUGUUGAAGAUACCAUGGCUCUGCAAGACUAGGUAUGGUGGGUUAAAGUUAGUAUUGACGCAAUAUUCUACUAUUUUAUUUUGGUACAAACUAGCUAGCUACCAUAGGAACACAUCUCAAGAACGUGACGGAUGGUCUGUCGCCGACUAAAAAAGCAAGACCAACAAGACACCUGGAUGAAGCGAAACUGACUAGUCAUGUGUGUACUUUGCUCUUUCUGUACAGAAAGAUGAUUUUGGUUUCAAGCAUCAUCGAAUAUAAUUAUAGUUAAUCCACUCACACAGUUGUUCUGCCUACCGUUGAGUCAUUUUCAUUAGGCAUUGUCUCUUUUCAACACUUCCUCAAUUGGUUCUUGAAGUUGUUGACAUUCUUUUAUUUGCACUUCGCGAUUUGGUAAAUAAUAUUGAAGGGCUCUAUAGUGAGAUUAGAGAAA